UGUCUUGGAUGGGAUACUAGUCCAGCCGGAGUCUGUCUGCCCCCACGUGAAACCCUCACCCCCGCCAUGCCAGUCUCGUCGUGAGCCGCGCUCCGCGUUUCUUUAUUCCCGCCAUCGGCGCCAUUGGCGCAGAGCAGAAUAGCUUGUGGUUGAAAACGGUUGCAUUGCAUCCCUUAGUUUCCGUUCCGUCCGUCCGUACUCUGCCUGCCGAACCGCCUCGAAGACCCACGUGGUCUUUGAACAUAGAAGCUCAUCUCACACUUGGUUCGUCCCAGAACCGUCCACUCUCAGUUCGCCGUCACACGGUCGCAUUUUCCGUCAGGCCGCACUAACAAUCCUUUAAAUUAGAAACCCCGUCGAUGGUGUUACGCGGGGUCCAAAAACUCUUUGCCACCGCUUUGGAACCUUUUCGAGAAAGAAACUCCGCCUUGGCGAUUCGAUGAGUCACUCUGUAACCGGCGCCCACCCUUCUGAGAUUGCGCUGUCCUCGGUUGGCGGCGCGCCUGCCGGCUCAGACUUUCCACGGUAAGGGGCUCCCUGCGGCCCGAGAGCACUAGUAGUAGUAGUGAAAGUCAAUUCGCCUCACUUGUACUAGGUGUGCUGCUAGUAGUUCCCGUGGCAGUGGCUGCUGUAGGCCAUGGCUCCACGAGCCGCGUCAUCGCUGCAGCCCGUUCACCGCGGCGGACCUUUCGUCAAACCCGCGCCUCUGGCCGCGAAUCCCUCACAAAACGUCGCGACGGCCCAUAGCAGCAGCGGCGGUUUCUUGCCGCCGGCGAGUGACAGCCGGCCGACAAUAGUGCCGGCGAAGGCGGUCGAAGCAAUGGCGGUGGCGUGGGCCCGCGAUGUGGAUUGGAAGGGUGCGCCGGUCGUCCAGGAGAAGUGCGACGGGUCGCUACAGCAGCCAGCGGCGGCGAUUACUCCUCAGAACUGGCCAAAAUCGGCGGGAAAAUCGCAGCUGUUCCGAAACUCGGCGGUGUCGCUCCAGGCCCUCGAGCCAGUGGCGGGGGACUCGCGCCACCCGUGGCCGCUUCUGGCGCAGUCGCAGCGGAGAAAUUGCGGCUCGCCGUCUGAGCGCCCAGGGGCUUCUUCGCUGAGCCCCGCAAGACUGCUAUUCGCGACUCCUGGGGCUGGUUCGUCGCAGCCAGUUAGGGUUCCGGAGCUGACUGCCGCGAGUGGGCCUUUCGCGACUACUGUGGGUCGCAUGCCCUGUUCGUCGCAUCCACCGUCGUCGCUCGACGGCGCGAAAAUUCGCAGCAGCCCUGGGUACGCUGCGACGAGGGAGCUGCGAACGUGUGAAGGUAACGCGGCCAGUGUUACGGCGACGCAGCAGCAGCACCUUCCGGGAUUGAUUGGUCAGCAUCAAUUUCAGAAUUCACAAGUUUCGCAAGAGUUCUUGCGAGGAAGUCCACGUGUACGCGGGUUCCCGGACGCCGUGGCGCGCCGAACUAACGACAGCAGGAGCUGGCUUUCGGAUAGUGAGAUUUUGGCGAUGCAGCUUUCUAAUUCGGGCAGGCAAAAUCAGUUCGGGCAGGUAGCUGAAAAACUUUUGGACUCCGAUAUGGCGAGAGGUGAUACAAUCGAGGGUGACGGACGCGAAGGUGACUUAAGCAGGGGUAUCUUUCUGCGGAAGAGAUCUUUCAUGCGUUCCAUGACUACAGGUACAGGAGACGGUUGGAAAGGAGAACGCCUUAUAAAAGGCGAAGUGGGAGAAAAUGGUUGGGAAACGGAAUGCCCUCUAAAGAGUGCAAAAACCACACCUACCGCUCAUAGGGCUGUAGCUCAGGAUGAUCCUUUCCCAAGUUCUGAUACUGACGUGGCAGAGAUGACGCAAGACGAUGACGUGGCGCUACAACUGCAGCUGUAUCUGCUGAGGCGGCGGCAGCGGCAGCAGCUGAGACUGCUGAUGGAGGAACGACAGGCGGAGCAGCAACCAGCGCCGCUUGCUGAGCUGGCAAUGGUGGAGAAUGAGAUGUUGGCGACACAGCAGCUCUUAGGAAGGCAGGCUCAGCUACAGCAGCGACAGCAGCAGCAGCUGAGAGAUCAGCAGCAGCUUCAGCAGCUGCAGCAGCAGAUGCUGCAGGAAAAGCAGCAACAGCAGAUGCGGCAGCUACAGGAGCAGCAGCAGAGGCAACAGCAGCAACAACAUCAGCAACAGGAGCAGCAGCAGCAGGAGCUAAGGCAACACCAGCAACAGCAGGAGCAGGAGCACCAGCAACGGCAACAGACGCUGGAAGAUGAGAUUACAAGAAUGAUUCAGCAGCAGCAGCAGCAGCAGCAGCCACAAUUGUCUAAUCAGCAGCAAUGGUGCCCAUCACAGCGGCAGCGUCAGCAGCAACCACUGCUUGGUCACGCACAAGCCACGCACCCGGCACGGGAUGCACGGGGUGCACUUGAAGCCUUGAUGCUGCACGCCUCAGCUCCGGCAACCAGACCUGGCCCUCUGGUUCGGCCCAGCGCAACCACUCAGGUUCCUCCCACCGGGCUUGGGUUUACCCAGGAACAGAGGGCAGUGGCAGCAGCAGUAGGAGUGAGGGAUGGGGAGAAGAGGGCUGGGAAGGGAAGUGCUGCAAAGUCUUCCAGCAGCAAUCCAGCUGCAAUUCUCGAGGCUCUCUUUGAAAAGUCCUUCAAGGAGAGGAAUCGGAAGUCUGGAGCCGGCAACAGCUGCAACGGUAGGGAGAGUGGGUCACGUACUGUGGGGUCGCCUGUGGAGCAGGUGGCUGGGCAGCAUCAGGGUCAGGAUCUAUAUCAAGCAUGCAGACAACGCACCCCGCCCCGAAUCAGCAGCUGCGCAGCUCUUUCUGGAGUUCCCAAUGGAGUGCCGGGCAUGUCUUCCCAGCUCGAGACUUUCCGCCUGUUGAGUGCUGCUCUCAGCGCAUGUGAGCCGUUGGAUCCGGCUCUGUACACGUGUCAGCAUCUGGACGAGCCGUACCUGGACAUGCCUCUGCAGGAACUGGAGGCGCUUGAGAGCCUGCUGAUGUCUCCACGGGCUACCUAUUCUGAUCACAAGGGUGCUCCUGCUGUCUUGGCCAUGGAUCCUCCAGGCCGAUCGGAGUCGCAUCCAAGCCAGGCUUCUGCAUCUGCCAGUGCUUAUCUUGGGAAGGUUGGUGCUGUUGCUGCUUCACCUGCAGUUGCUGUUGCUGCUGGUAGUGCUGGCGGUGCUGUUUCAGUUGCUACCUCGGCUGCGUCUGGUGCAUCCAUGUCAGCAGCGUCUGCACCUCCUUCCACGAUGCCUGUGCUUCAGGCGUGGCAUAGCUCACACUCAAGCUCACAAUCAUGCUUAGCUGAUGGUGGUGCGGUAACUGCCUCACUGACACAUCCGGCCUCGGUGUUCCCAAGCAGGCCGGGGUAGGCUCUGUCAUACCUACAGGCUUGACAAGGGCGUGCUUUAUAAGUAGCCUCAUACAGCUCUUCCAUUUCCAACUUAGUCAUAAGCCCACAAGCCCAUGGCAUACAUUUUUGCCUUUCUUGUUUAUUUGUAAAAUGCUUGUAUUCAUCAUGGCACCAUUAGGUGCAAC